AUGGCGUCGACUUCACCUACGCCCAAACUGGUGACCUACUCCAUUGAAAUCCAGCAACACAUUCUCCGCAACAUUUCCGAUAUCCCCACCCUAGCCGCACUUAUCCAAGCUUACCAGUCUAUCAGGUUAGCAUACGAAAACCACCGAGAUACCAUCAUCACUUCCGUCCUGAAUAAUGAAAUCGGCCCAGACUUGAUACAGGAAGCGUAUGCAGUCGAGCAGAUAUCUUCGCUGCAAAGAAACUGGGAUCCAAGGCGGUUCUUUGAAAUUGCAGCGAAACGUCCUAGUUCCGAAUCGCGGCGGGUGAUGAAGUGGUCUCUAGAGGAGGCUCUGGCGGCAAGCCAAUUGCACAGCACUGUUGACCUGCUUGCUCAUGAUUUUAUUCCAUCCGUCGGUGGAAAUACUCAAUCUGUUGGAUAUCACCGGGGACAAAGCCACGCAGCUGCACCGUUGUCUUCCAGGAUUCUAGGGUUUAAACGCAGCUUUUAUCGUUUCGACCUAUUUAGUAAGGUAUAUCGAUGCUGCCUGGAUUUUUGCUCCGAUCCUCGAUUACAUCAUGAAGAGAUAUUCAAGCUGGUGUUCAAGGAGAUUCCAGACUCGAAACCCGAACAACUCGUUGGUCUCACUGAGCAUUUAUACCGGUGUCUCGUUCCUGGUAACUAUGUCCCCAGAGCCCCUUUGAGAAUAUGCACAGGCCGCUGA